AAAUAAAUCUUUACGCUUCUCUCUCUGCAAUUACUCCUUGAGAGCAUCUCUCUCUAGAAUAUCGAGUAUUGUUGACUUGAGCGUCGGAGUGUUUUUCCCGAGGAAACAUCCUUGGGAUUUACAGGUGUAGAAGCAGCUGAGGACUUCAACAGUGUUGGAUUGCAAAGCUGCCCAAACAUUUGGCGCCGUCUGUGGGAAACCGAACAAGAAGCUGUGUAGUUUAACCUGCAAAAAGACAAAAUGGUCUGUACCUUUAUUGGAAUCCGCCCUCCAAGAGAUGAAAUGGACGAACAGGAGGACACUCAACUGUCUGAGCCCGGUUUGAAUAAUUAUAGGACAAUGCCAAGAAACCUUUUCGUUGGAGGAGUAGAACAGGAUCAAUUAAGUGGAACAGAUGAUGAUGAAAGAAUACCAACUGGGUCAACAGAGCCUGCUCGAACAACCGAGCUCGAAGAGAGAACCAGAGUUCUCGAAAUGGCAAUGGGUAAAAUCCUUGCCCGUCUGAUUCCUGAUGAGCCCCUGAUUCCUUUGUUGAACAGGGAUGCACAACUAGCUGCUCUGCGAGACGUACAAAAAUCUAUUGACAAGCUGAAAAGUCUCAGGUCGCACCAACAGACCCUAGAUUUGGAUAGUGCUCCACUAAACCUAUCCAUCACAGCAGAACCGUAUCAAGAGGGAUUCAAAAUUCCCCACCUGGAGACGUAUGAUGGCUCAAGCGACCCUGAUGAACAUCUGCACACCUAUCAAGCCAUCAUGAGAAUCCAAAAUGCCAAUGAUGCCAUGAUGUGCAAAGUGUUUCCAGCGACACUCAAGUCAACAGCCAGGAGAUGGUAUCACAAACUCCCCAGACAUUCUAUAGACUCCUACUCUCAGCUCGCCAAGCUAUUCUCCAACAAAUUUGCGAGCCAAAGGGAGAUCAAACGCACAGUGACCGAGUUGAUGCAAGUUCAUCAGAAAGAAAGGGAAUCUCUGAGGGACUACAUGCAACGAUUCAACAAAGCCACUUUAGACAUUGAUAACGUCCCAGAUACCAUCUGCUUGUCUGCCUUACUGCAUGGUUUGAAGUGUGGUCGAUUCCUAGAUGACUUGCUAGAAAACCCACCCACAGGUUGGCCAGCUUCAUACUGUCAGAAGACUUCCAGUCGUCCAAGCGAUGAGCUGACGAUAAGCAGAGCAAAGGCCAGGAACAACCACCGAGGAGAGAAGAAAAGAAAAAGCAAAAGGUCUCAAAUCCUGGCCCAAAUCCAGCACUGGGUUAGGAGACCCCCACCCCCACUGCAUGAUUCCCCAAGGGCAGACAAGAGUAAGCAUUGUGACUACCAUCGUGUAUACGGUCACAAUACAAAAGAUUGUCAACACUUAAAGGACGAGCUGGAGUUCUUGGCUCGCAAUGGGAAACUGGAAGGAUAUGUUCAAAAGCUACACGCCCAGCAACCCACUCAAGCUCAUUUCGUACAGGGGGCAUACAGGGGACGUCAAUUCAACAGGCGAGGCCAAGGACAAAGAACUACCACCCAGAACCAAAAAGACAGGAAAAUGGUGGAUUAUGCUGGGAUCGCCCCACCCUCAGGCAUAAUCAAUAUGAUCUCAGGUGGUAUGCACUCUGGAGGCCAAAGCGCCCGAGGUCGCAAAGCAUAUGCUUGCCAGGUGAUGACUGUUAAUAAGAACAGACCCUUGAAGCGCUCAUUUGAAGAAGCAGAAUGGGAGAAUAUGCCUAUCACAUUCAGCCCGGCAGAUUACAAGCGAGCAGAAAGAGAGCCUGACGUUAUGAUGCCCCAUGUAGAUCCUUUCGUGGCAACGGUUCAUAUAGGCAACCAUAAUGUCAACAAGGUGUUUAUUGAUAUUGGUAGCUCGCUAGAUAUCUUAUACUGGAACUGUUUCCAAAAGAUGCAAUUGAAUCCUGGCUCGCUGCAGAAGUAUGAAGGGCCCAUAUAUGGGUUUGAUAACCAGCCCGUCCCGGUUGAGGGAGUUAUUACUCUUCCCAUAUAUGUGGGUUCAGAGCCGUGCUUUAGGGUGGGUUCAGAGCCGCGCUUUAGGAUGGCUUCUGUUAACUUUCUGGUAGUCAAGAUGGAGUUAGCUUUUAACGCUAUAUUGGGAAGGGCUACUCUGUGCGAGCUGAAGGCUGUUAUCUCACAACCCCAUCUCUACAUGAAAUUCCCAACUCCUCAGGGGACAAUGAGUAUAUCAGACAUCGAGCACCGACCUGAGGGUGUCGAGCAGAAGGCAAAGUCGGUAGAGCCCGUGGACACAGUUCCUUUAAACCCUGAUGUGCCGGAAAGAACAGUUAAGAUCGGCACCAAGCUCACAGAAAAAGAGCGAGCAGAGCUUCUCGAGUUUCUACGGGAUAAUCAAGAUGUGUUUGCGUGGACUACAGAUGAAAUGCCUGGCAUCCUAGCGAAGUUGACAGUCCACAAGCUCAGCCCGGACCCCACUAGAAAGCCGGUGGUUCAGAAGCGUUGCCUUUUUGGCCCUGAAAAGCAAGCUGCCAUAGACGAAGAGAUACAAAAGCUGCUACAGGCAGGCUUCAUCAGGAGAAUGGAGUACUCUGAGUGGGUAUCCAACCCCGUGCUCGUUAAAAAGCCAAAUGGCAAGUGGAGGAUGUGUAUUGAUUUCACCAACCUCAAUGAUGCAUGUCCAAAGGACCCUCAUCCCUUGCCAAAUGUUGAGAAGCUAGUAGAGUUGGCAGCCAGGCACGAACAAAUGAGUUUCCUUGACGCCAGCUCAGAGUCAGGAAAAUUCCUGGGGUACAUGGUAUCCAAGAAAGGAAUUGAAGUAAAUCCAGAGAAAUUUCAGGCCGUUCAACAGAUGGAGUCGCCCAGGACCGUAAAAGAUGUACAACGUUUAACGAGCCGUGUAGCUGCGCUGCAUAGGUUCAUAGCUAGGUCGGCAGAAAGAUGCCUCCCGUUCUUCAAAGCCUUGAGAGAGCCCAAGAACUUUCAAUGGACCAAUGAGUGUCAGUGGGCGUUUGACGAGCUCAAACAAUAUCUUGCAUCAGCACCCCUACUGUCCAAGCCUAUCGAAGGGGAGAGUUUAUAUCUGUACUUGGGGGUUACAGAAGAGGCGGUGAGCUCGGUCCUACUCAGGGAAGAGAAUAAGCAUCAGAAGCCCAUCUGCUAUGUGAGCAAGGUUUUACAAGGCGCCGAACAGAACUACCCUCUAGCAGAAAAGGCUACCUUUUCCCUGGUAUACACGGCUCAGAAAUUGAGAGCUUACUUUCAGUCACAUCAGGUUGUUGUUUAUACUGAUCUGCCGUUGAGAAAGAUACUGCAGAAGCGAGAACUCUCUGGUUGGCUUAUCGAGUGGAGCGUCGAGCUGAGCGAGUAUGACCUCAAAUUUCAGCCGCGCACAACCUUAAAGGGCCAGGCCGUGGCAGAUUUCCUGGUGGAGUGCACCUCGACGACUGUGGAACAAAAGGCACCCGAACACCCAGUCUGGGUUUUGUAUGUUGAUGGAGCUGCUAACGUAGAAGGAUCGGGUGCUGGGGCUGUGUUAGUGGGCCCGGAUGGCUUCAAAUCCGAAUACGCACUGAGAUUGAAGUCAAUAUUUGCUUCCUUCCAGAUUGACAAAAUACCCAGAGCAGAUAACCAACGGGCUGACGAGCUGUCAAAGUUAGCCUCCUCGCAAGAGACCAACCCUCAUAGGUCAAUAAUAGUGGAGGUACUUGAUGCUCCGAGCUACACUGAUUCCACGGUCGAGUGCCAGCUGCUCAGCACAGAUCCCUCUUCCCCGAGCUGGACCACCCCGCUCAUAAAUUAUCUGCAAAGUGGAGAGCUACCUGAAGAUCCGUCCACUGCAAAGUUGAUUAAACACAAGGCGACACAUUUCACUUUGUUAGAUAACCAGCUCUACAAACGAGCAGUCUCAAUGCCCCUAUUACGCUGCCUUACUCCUUAUGAAGCUGAAUACGUUGUAAGGGAAGUUCAUGAAGGAGUAUGUGGCACGCACAUUGGUGGAGAAAUGCUCUCAUCACUCUCAUCUCCUUGGCCUUUUGCUCAGUGGGGAGUCGACCUGCUCGGCCCUUUUGUGAAAGGCAAAGGAGGUUGCACUUACCUCGUUGUCGCGGUGGAUUACUUCACCAAGUGGAUAAAAGCUAAACCAUUGUCCACGACAACAGAAAAGAAAGUAGAAGAAUUCUUAUUCAAUUCAAUAUUGUGCAGGUUCGGUAUUCCUAAGCGAAUCAUAGCACACAACGGUCUGCAGUUUCGGGCCACGGCAUUGAGGUCGUUCUGUAACAACUAUGGCAUCGAGCUCUCCUUGACGUCUGUGUAUACUCCACAGUCAAACGGACAAGCUGAAUCCGCCAAUAAAAUUGUUUUGCGAGGCCUCAAGACGCGUGUUUUAGUUGCGCAUUCUAAUUGGGUUGACGAGCUCAAUAAAGUGCUUUGGUCAUGUCGCACUACACCCAGCUCGGCUAUAGGCGAAACCCCAUUCAGCCUGGCGUAUGGAGCUAAGGCCGUCAUCCCUGUUGAGGUUGGAUUGCCAUCUAACAGAUCAGAUCGCCACAACGAUCUUAAUAAUGAGAAACUUUUAAGAGAAAACCUAGACCUUGUAGAGGAGGUUAGGGAGAUGUCUUGAAUAAAGAAUAUGGCAUAUCAGGGUCGUGUUGCAAAAUUUUACAAUAAAAGAGUACGAGCUCG